UCCGGCGGGACGGGCCCGUGAUGGCGGCGGGCCGCGGGUGGCGGCGCCGGGCGCUGCGGCUGCUCACGGCGGGCGGCGGCGUCCUACUCACCCGCUUCCCCUUCUGGCACUGCUUCAGCGGCCUCCUGCUCUGCGCGGAGCGCGCCGACCUGCGCCGGAAGCCGGACAUCCCAGUGCCCUACCUGUACGUGGACAUGGGGGUGGCUGUGCUCUGUGCCAGCUUCAUGUCCUUCGGGGUGAAGCGGCGCUGGUUCGCCCUGGGGGCCGCCCUGCAGCUCGCUGUGGCCACCUACGCCGCCCACAUUGGGGGGCACGUGCACUAUGGCGACUGGCUGAAGGUGCGGAUGUACUCCCGGACCAUCGCCAUCAUCGGUGGGUUCCUCAUCCUGGCCAGCGGCGCCGGGGAGCUGUACCGGCAGAAACCACGGAGCCGCUCCCUGCAGUCCACAGGCCAAGUGUUCCUGGGCAUCUACCUCAUCUGCCAGGCCUACUCCCUGCAGCACAGCACUGAGGACCGCCUGGCCUACCUGGACCACCUGCUGGGAGGGGAGCUGGCCCUGCAGCUGCUCUUCCUGCUCUACGGGCUGCUGGCCCUGGCAUUCCUGUCAGGAUACUACGUGCGGGCGGCUGCCCAGGUGCUGGCAGUGCUGCUGCCCCUCGCCAUCCUGCUCAUCGAUGGCAACCUGGGCUACUGGCAUGCCGCCCGCCGCGUCGAGUUCUGGAACCAGAUGAAGCUCAUCGGCCAGAAUGUCGGCAUUUUCGGGGCUGUGGUGAUCCUGGCCACCGAUGGAUGAGCGGGAAAACUGCGGGGAAGGGGAGGGAAAGGAGCGGUGUGGUUUUUUUUUAAGGAUUGCCGCUAUUUAUUCAUUAGGUUUUUUGUUUGUUUGUUUCUUUGUUUGUAAAUACUGUAUUUGAUAAUUUUGGCAGAGGUCAGGGCUCCUGAGGGGGCGUGGGGGGGUCCUGCCUGGGGGGUGCCAGCCACUGUGUGGCCGCAGCCCCUCUCCCCACUGAGGGGUGUCACUGCCCCCCCCCAAAAAAGUGUAUUUUUACUGAUGAAAGGA